AUCAAUGCUGUGGUUACUUUCUAGUUGUUUGCUUUAGAAAAGGUCUCAUAUUCUGAUAUCGCAUUACGCAUCCUAGCUAAGCUAGCACAAGCCCAUAGCUAUAGCACACCUACUACUAUACUAUAACUCAGCGACAGAUCAUGUCAUGUGAUAGAUAAUAAGCUUAUAUAUACACAAACAAGUGGUGCAAGCAAAAUUUGCAGAAAAUAGCUGGAAAAAAUAUCUAAUCUAUAAUUUCUCUUUUUGAUCUGAAAAAGCAAAGAGUUUAGUUUAUUUGUGGAAAGAGAUAUAAAUAAUAAUAUGGGUAGGGGAAAGGUGGAGCUCAAGAGGAUUGAGAACAAGAUAAACCGUCAAGUCACAUUUGCAAAGAGAAGGAACGGUUUGCUCAAGAAGGCUUAUGAACUCUCUGUCCUCUGUGAUGCUGAGGUUGCCCUCAUUAUCUUCUCCAACCGUGGCAAACUCUAUGAAUUCUGCAGUGGCCCUAGCAUGGCCAAGACACUGGAACGUUACCACAGAUGCAGUUAUGGAGCCUUGGAAGUACACCAUCAACCUGAAAUAGAGACACAGAGGCGAUACCAAGAGUAUCUGAAGCUAAAAUCUAAAGUUGAGCAACUACAACAAACACAAAGAAACCUCCUUGGAGAAGAAUUGGAGCACUUAGAUAUUAAGGAGCUUGAGCAGCUUGAACGUCAGCUGGACUCUUCCUUGAAACAAAUCAGAUCUAACAAGACACAACAGAUGCUUGAUCAACUCUCUGAUUUGCAUAGAAAGGAAGAGAUGCUACUGGAAACUAAUAGUAUCCUAAGGAACAAGUUGGAGGAAAUUAAUGCAACCCUUCAACCAACAUGGGAAGCUAGGGAGCAAAAUGCACCCUACAAUUGCCACCCUCCACAAUCAGAGGGAUAUUAUGAAACAGCACAUUGCAACAGUACAUUGAGAAUCGGCUAUGAUUCUUCAGUGUUAAAUGAAGCAGGUACCUCAGGCCAAAACGCCAGUGAAUUCAUGCAUGGAUGGAUGGACUGAAUUAAUUUCGAAUUUAGCUUAUUUAGUGUCAGAAAAAUGAAACUUUUGUCGAGAUCUUGGCCUACAAGAAUAGCCUAUAAUAAUAGGUGUCACGAAGCAUAAAUAUAUAUAUAUAUAUAUAUAUAUU